AUGCAGGAACAAGAAAGUCUUCUUCUCCUAGAUGCCCCUGGAAAGAGGGUCAGUGUUCUGUAUGUGCCGUCAGGAAAAACAAAACGAAGACUUUCUAAAAUAACACCACUUGUGGAGCAAGUGAAAUGCUUCACCUCAACCAGAAACGGACGUUACCUGCUAGGCUUGUUGAACAAUGGAGAGCUGUUCAUCUGGCAUAAAGAUAAAGAUAUCUCCAAAUUCAUUGCUGGUUUUGACAGACUGGUUGAUGACUUUAGUGAAGAAAACUUCCAUAUUAACGCCUCGGAUAGCUGCUCCCACAUUUUUGUCUCCGUUGGCAACAGGCAGUUCUUCUUGUGGGCGAUGGAAAAAGGGGAGACAAUUCUGCGGGACAAGGUGACCACACUGAAAGGGACGUGGCAUGAGGUGUCAGUGCCGACGGGAAUGGAGUUACCUCCCCUCAACGCCAGGGAGACCAGCAUAGCCAGUGUGUUCUAUGAAAAUGUGAGCCUAGGCCAAUGCUUUCAAUGCUCCAUGGUAUUCAACAGUGACUGUAUUCUAUGUGUGGCAACGGAGCCACACAGAGGUAGUCUUAAGAUCUUUUAUGAAGACAUAAAUCUGCCAGUCUUUACUGCCGAAUGGAGCCUCCUGCAGUACCCGUUCCAGCAGAUGCAUGCAGAGUUUGAGCCCGUCUCCACACUGGGCGCCUACGUCUCUGCAUACAGCAGCAGCGGGCAGGUGCUUGCAGUGGCGGCCAAUCAGAGAUUCCCAUCUCGGACCACCAUGCUGUUUGUGUCCCCGUUGACGGACACUGUGCUGGUCGGGGGUAUGGGGAACUGCGGCGUAAGCAACGUCACCAAGACUGGCAGACAAUACUGGGUGAGUGAUCUAGCCUGGACCUCAGACAAUCUCUUCCUGGCGGGCAUUCUCAAGAACGGCAGCGUGUGUCUGAUACCAAGGCUGGGUGACCCAGUCGCCAUAGCAACCGAUGGAUGCUCCGUAACCAUGGGACCCAGCCUGUUUUUGCCACUUCACCCGGCAAUAUUUGUCAGUGGCAAUGAUGGCAACCUCGAACCAUCAGCUGAAGAAUGCGACCCCAUGAGGCAGCAGUUCUCCGUGGCGACACAUCCAUCUCUUCCAAUAGUGCUCUUCUCGGAUGGUUUCCUGGUUACUGUGGCGCAGUUGCCAGUGGAGGUGACCUCAGUGACCCUAAUGAGAGGCCUGGUUCUCGAGUCAGCCAAGUAUUUGAAGAAACUCGCUGCACAGGAGAACCUGGAUAUGACAGUGGCUGAUGCCUACAGACUGUCAAGAGGUCAAAAAGGUUCGAAGCAGAAUCUUUCUGAAGUUGCAAACAGAGAGAAGAGCGGCAAGAAACGUUAUGAAUUUGAAAUGGCAGAAGUGUCUUUGAACGCUACCAAUGAAAGUGAAGUAAGCAUUAUAGAGACCACAAACAGGUUCGGCUUUGACCAGUUUGGGGCCACUUGGUAA